AUGAUUACAAAAAUUGUAAUUCUUGUUUCUGCUUUACUUAUAGCAUAUAAUAAAUUGAAAUCAACAGAUUAUUAACUUUAAGAAUAACCAGUAAUUGGAAUAUUUACACAACCUUCAACAUUUUCAGAAUAUAAUCGUGAAAAUUAUACUUACAUUGCUGCGUCAUAUGUUAAAUUUUUGGAAUCAGGAGGAGCAAGAGUGAUCCCUAUUCCCUAUGAAGCAAAUCAUACAACUUUAGAUGAGAUUUUUUCAAAUAUUAAUGGUAUACUGAUACCAGGAGGAUCUACAGGAUUAAAAGGACCUUCAUUAUAUACUUAGAAGGUGGCAUAUCUUGUAAAUAAGGCAUUGAAAAUAAAUAAGGAAGGAGGAUGGUUUCCAAUAAUUGGAAUAUGUCUAGGACAUGAAGUGAUGCAUUACAUUCUAUCAAAUUAUUCUGAUGUAUAUUUAUAGAUUUUAAUUAUAGAAUUUUUUGAUUGAUGUGAAGGGUAAUGAUAAAGUAUCAAAACCAUUAAAUAUUGAAUAUAGAUAGGCAUAUUUUUAUGGUUAGAUGAAUGAUGAAUUAUUUUAAGCUACAUUAAAAGAGAAUUUAGCUUAUUAUCAUCAUAUUCAUGCAGUACCUCCAAAUUUAUAUGAAAUUACACCUAUUUUAAAAGAAUAUUUAAGAAUCACUUCAACUUAAAUUGAUGAUGAAGGAUAACUAUUCAUAACUUCUACAGAUGGUAUUAAUAUGCCAUUCUACUCAUUUUAAUAUCAUCCAGAGAAAAAUCCAUUUGAAUGGACUAUUCCUGCAAAUCAUUCAGUUCAUGCCAUUUAAUUUAGUAGAAUUCACAGUUAUUAAUUUAUUUAAUCUUGUAGAAUGAAUUCAAAUAAAUUUGGAUUAGAUUCUAAUAAACUAAUCUAUAAUUAUAAUCCUAUUCAACCAAUAAAUUAAAAUUACAAUUAAGUAUAUAUAUUUUAAAGACUCUUAAUAAUGGAUGAUAUAGAAAUAUAAGAAUAAUAAUGA